CCUGAAACAAAUGGGCCGCAAAGGCCCAAUCUAAAACUGCAACCCUAAAACCGUGACCCUUAUAAAGAAUAUUUCUUUCACUGUAUAACUUCGUUUCGGCUCCGUCCCACGAACAAGAUCGCAGGGCUUCAAGAUGCCGUCGCACAAGUCAUUCAUGAUAAAGAAAAAGCUGGCGAAGAAGAUGAGGCAGAACAGGCCCAUUCCUCACUGGAUUCGUCUUCGCACUGACAACACCAUCAGGUACAACGCAAAGCGUAGGCACUGGCGCAGAACCAAACUUGGAUUCUAAGAGGUUACGGUUGCGUAUUGUGGAAGCUCGGUUAUUUCCAAGACUUUUGAGUUUUGUUUGUGUUUUGUCUCAGUUUUGAUUGUGACUAUUAUGUUGUUAACGUUUGUGUAAGACAAUCUUUAAUCAGUUUUGUUUUGAAAAUAUCCUUCCAAAGAGUACUUAUUGUCGGGUUGAGUUAGUUCAAAGAUUGUGGAAAUGUUUAUUGGUUAUCCUGUCU